UAUCUAUCACAUUCGUCUACGGGUCUAAGCUGAGGUCAAGUACGAAGCACGUACAGCUAAGCCAAAACGAAGAUGGUGAACCUAGGAGAAAUCUUUCCCGACUUCCAUGUCCGCACUAGCGAGGGAGAGCUGGACUUCCACCAGUUCAUAGAGGGGUCCUGGGCCAUCCUCUUUGCCCACCCUGCUGACUACACUCCUGUUUGUACCACGGAGCUGGGAUGCCUGGUUGGACUGAUUCCAGAAUUUCAAAAGCGCGGUGUGAAACUCAUUGCCUUAUCGUGUGACGAUGUUGAGACCCACAAGGGAUGGAUGGAAGAUAUCAAGGCCUUUAUCAAGACUGACAUAUUGGACUUCCCUUAUCCGAUAAUAGCUGAUAAAGGGCGGGAACUUGCUGUCAGACUUGGCAUGAUUGAUCCUGAAGAAAAGGAUUCCCAAGGCAUGCCUCUGACCUGUCGUGCUGUGUUCAUCAUUGGACCAGACAAGAAGCUUAAAUUGUCGUUCCUUUACCCAGCAACAUGUGGACGUAAUUUGCAUGAGCUUUUGCGUGUAAUAGAUUCAUUGCAGUUGACUGCUACAAAGAAAGUUGCCACCCCGGCCGACUGGGAGCCUGGUAAGGACUGCAUGGUUCUGCCCACGAUCAAGGACGAAGAACUCAAAGAACUGUUUCCUAAGGGAGUGAAGGUCAGAGAAAUGCCCUCAGGGAAAGGAUACAUGCGCUACACUCCUCAUGAUCCUCCCCCACAAGCUGAAGCCUGCGGAGGACAAAAACAUUGAACUGAAUAGAGGGCAUUUCAAUUUGAAUGUUGACUGCUGUACACUCAAGAUAAUCAAUCUCUUGCUUUAUGUUAGUAACGCAUUGAUUUUGUGAAUUAAUUACAAAAGAUCCCUUAAUUAAUGCUUAAAUUAGCACCAUGUAAUUCACAGGAGAAAAAAAAUGAAUAAACUACUUCUGGCACUGCA